AUGUCCAAAGCACAAUUCUUGCGAGAGUACAAGCUUGUCGUCGUCGGCGGUGGUGGCGUCGGCAAGUCGGCGUUGACGAUCCAGUUCAUCCAGAGCCACUUUGUUGACGAAUACGACCCAACUAUCGAGGACUCUUACCGCAAGCAAUGUGUCAUCGACGAAGAGGUCGCUUUGCUCGAUGUGUUGGAUACAGCUGGUCAGGAGGAAUACAGCGCGAUGAGGGAACAAUACAUGCGAACAGGCGAAGGCUUCUUGCUAGUGUACAGCAUCACAUCUCGCAACUCUUUCGACGAGAUUUCGACGUUCCAUCAACAGAUCUUGCGCGUCAAGGAUAAGGACUCUUUUCCUGUCAUUGUUGUCGCAAACAAAUGCGAUUUGGAGUACGAGAGACAAGUGGGGAGCCACGAGGGUCGCGAAUUGGCAAAACACUUUGGCUGCCGUUUCAUCGAGACAUCAGCCAAGCAGCGUAUCAACGUCGACGAGGCGUUCAGCAACUUGGUGCGCGAGAUCCGAAGGUAUAACAAGGAACAGACAAUGGGAAGACCCGGUGCAACUGGCGCCACCACGGGCUCGGCUGGUAUGGAGCGUUUCCAGACUGAGGAAGGGUCUCAUUCGGCGGGUUGCUGCCAGAAAUGUAUCGUUCUCUAA